GAACACUCACCACGAAUCUAGGGUAACUGCAGAUUGUAUAAUAACCGAAGAAAUGUCGAAAAUAAAGAAAUUCUUUUCACGUAAGAAGGAGGAAGCGGCGUUUAAGCUUAAGCUUGGCGGCGGCAUGGGUCAAGGAAGAGCUUUAAACGCUGCUGCACCGCCACCGAACAGCUCAAGCUCGAAGUCUGGAAAUGCUUAUGUGCCACCAAAGCGCCAGGAAAUGAGUUCGGAAGCGCGUCAAGCCGCCGCUGCGGCUUUAGCACGUAUAGAGAAAAAGGAGACUAAAGAUUUUAAUACUUCGUUAGCAGCUAUCAAAGCGCAAGCCAAACGCGAACUCGAAGCGGAACAGAAACUAAAAUCGGAAGAGCAAAGUGCCACUUCGGCUUCGUCCACAUCGAUUCGAAAGAAUCUGGCAUGUGAAGGCGUGUUCUUUCGCUGUGCUUUGAUAAGCGAUGAAAUCUUGCCACGAAAAGAAUGGAAAGCCAAGAUAAAAGAGUUUCUUUAUCAACAACUAGAAUCGGAACAAGCACUGACUGCUUGCCUAAUUAUUUGUAACUGUAAUACACGUGAAAAGGCUGAUGACUGCAUACAAACGCUUACAAAAUAUCUUGAAAACAUACAUAAUCAUCCUGAUGAAGAGAAAUACUAUAAAAUUAGAAUGACAAAUAAAAUUUUCAGCGAGAAAGUGCGUUAUGUAGAGGGUGCGCUUGAUUUCUUGCUUGGCGCUGGCUUCCGUGAGAUUGAAAUCGAUGGUGAGCCCUUCCUGCUAUGGUCUAAGGAAAACGUUGAGAAAGAUUUCGACAUUCCUACAUUGUUGGAUGCAUUAAAAAAUGCCGAAAUUAUACCAUUGGAUUUAGAUAGAAAUAUUAAAGUGUUAAUGCCGUCACAGGCACGUAAUGUUGAGCUGCCAGAUGAUUUCUAUCGCAUUUCACCAGAGGAAAUCAAACGUGAGCAACAACUACGCACCGAAGCGAUUGAAAGUGCGCAAGUAUUACGUACGAAGGCAAUGCGUGAGCGGGAAGAGCAACGUAAUUUGCGUUUAUAUCGUUUUGCAUUAGUUCGCGUUAAGUUCCCCAACGGAAUUUACAUACAGGGUACCUUUAAUGUUUACGAAAAACUAAGAGAUAUAUUUGAAUUCGUACAGUCGUGUCUUAUUGACGAAAACUUAGAUUUCAAUUUAGUAGUCACCAGCGGAGCUAAAUUUACCGACGAUGAUAUGGAAAAGACUUUAUAUGACUUGCGACUCAUUCCAAAUAUUGUGCUGCUUUUUGCAAUUCCCGGCGCAACCGCCUCCUUGGCAGCUGAUACGAACUUUUUAAAAGAAGAAAUGCUAAUGCUUAUACAGAAGAUGUAAACUUUGCCAGCUGCGUGUGCAACAUUUUUUAAGUUAAAUUGAUUAUACAUUUAUUAUGCUUUUAUAUUAGUUUCAAUUUAAUUUAUUUUUUAUGAAUAUAAAAAGAUCUUUAUUCCUUAUAUGAAAAGAAAUAUUAUAUAUGUUUACACAUUACCGUAUCUCAUUAUGGACAUUUUUCUUAAUGCAAACAUGUUAUUUGAAACACAAUCAUUAAUAUUGUAAUCUUUUUGCAAGAGUUCCACUAUUAUUGUUAAACAUCACAAAAUUUAAUAAACAAAUAUCUUUCUGGAUUAGUCCAAAAAAAA